AUGAGUUCCUCAACACCAUUCUCGUCGCUCUUCGUGUCGCCAGCGGAAUUGCAUAAUGCCUUGUCCGACUCUUCGAGUGCCUUUCGGGUGAUUCCCCUGACUGCGGGGAGGAAUUCGUCGAUGCAAUCCUUUGAAUCGCAACAUAUACCAGAUUCUGUAUUCUUCAACAUGGAUAUAAUCAGAGACACUACUUCCCGGUAUCCAAUGAUGCUACCCACACCAACCCAGUUUGCCAAGUACAUGUCUGAGCUGCAAAUCACCCCAAACGAUGUCCUGGUCGUCUAUGAUCCGAUGGAACCGGGGUUCUACUCCUCUCCGCGAGUGGCAUGGACGUGCCAAUACUUCGGCCACAGAGCCGUUCAUGUCUUGAAUACUUUUCCCCGUUAUGUCGAAGAGGGGUUCCCCGUUGUCACUGGGAAGGUAUCAACGCCGGUCAGCUCCACGACGAAAGUGACAUACCCCGAGCAGCAAGUGUCCGAAUCGAGGAAUGUCAUUUCUUUCGAAGAAGUGUGCGAUAUCAUCGCAGACCCGAUUCAAACGGAACAGGUCCAAAUCAUCGAUUCAAGACCCAGUGCACGCUUCUCUGGCCCACCCGAUCCUGAGCCAUCGGCCUUGCCGGUGGGCCAUAUCCCGUCUGCAAUCAAUGUGCCCUUUUCAUCGUUGCUGGGACCCGAUAAAAAGGUUUUGUCCCCGGCAGAACUCACGGAGCUAUUUAACAAGGCUGGGGUGAAAGAGAAUGUGCCGACUGUGUUGUAUUGCAAUACCGGUGUUACUGCAGCGGGACUGGAUUUGGCAUUGAGUGCUAGCGGUUUGAAUAUUAGGACGAGACUUUAUGAUGGGAGUUGGAGCGAAUGGAGUAAGAGGGCUGAGAAUGAAGGUAUGAUGGUUACAGAGUCCUGA